UCGAGGGCGCUCUCUCGCUUCUUCGCUAAUAACGUGUUAAUUGACCCUUUUUACGGAAGCCGCGAGUUAUUUUAUCGAACGAAGUGAUUUAUCAAACUGAUCGAGUGAUUAUAAUAAGCCGCAUUGUAACGGGAUCGAUCGAUCGGUGUGCUUAGGAGCGCUGAAAAUCGGUGCGAGUGUCUCGGUGAAGCUUUGUGAUCGUGCAUCCUAAUAAGGCAUUCUUGUUGUAGCUGUAUGUUGAAAGCAAAUUUAUUAUUCAUUGAGUAUUCGAUGUGUUGUGAUCGUGGAACAUGAUAAUGGAAAGUAUCGAUUGAUUAUCGCCACCUGCUUAUUCGGCGUUUCAUCCGGAUUUAAAGGAAAAACAAAGGACGCGAAUAGCGUGCGCAACGGCGAUCUUACGAAUCGCGAAGCAUUGGAAAAGUUUAUGUAGUACAAAAUGCAUUCCAAGAAGGCGGGUAGACGCGGGGGAAAGUCAUAAAGUGGAAAAGAUAGAAGGGCGCGUCGAAAGCUUGCGCGACGAACAGAGCAGCCAGGCCCAUCUUUAUAUUACUGCGCUUAUUUUUCUAUUCCAGCGAGAGAGACCAGAGGCCACUUCAAAGUCUGCGAGGCACGGUGAAGCGAAAGACUAGAAGAAAGGAGAUACGGAGCACAGAUCGAAGGAAGUGAACGGGAUACGUGGUCGGAGAAAGAGGGAGAAAGUAGCGAAGAAAGUUGGUAACUUGGAGCAAGUCGCAGCUCGGAGGAAUCGAUUUAACUGCAUCCACACGCGAACGAAACAGGCCACAGAAAUAUAGGGAGAGUAAUAGACAGAGAGAACGGGAGAGAAAAGAGAAGGCGGGAGAAUGAAGAGUCAAAAGAGGCCUGCGAGUCAAUCGUUUUACGCUGCAUCACUCGCUGAAGUUCCACGAAAAUACGGAGAGCCCUGAGCAUAUAAAAGCAAGUUUCACCAUUUUACGUUCCCACCGAAGUAAAAACAGCGGUGUACGGAGCAAAAAAAUGGAGUGAGAAAGAAGGAGGAAAUUGGGUGACAUAUCAAGUUGACGAGGCACGACAUUAUAUUUUCGGUAAAAAGUGAUGUCACGUUUGAGCUCGUCAAGUGAACCCUUUCCGGCUCCCUAGGACCACGGAGACGCCGCCUGUCGCAAAGAAAAAGCCUGGGUGGACCGAAAAAAAGGGCCGCAGUCAAAUUAACAUCCAUCGCUGGGACUGGCUACGGAGGGACAAAGAAGAACGUCGAAUCCCAGGGCGGCGAAUACUCGCUGCGCAGCAGCUAAAUCGCGGGCGGUCGCGUUAAUGAAAAUAAAAAAGAAACCAGAUCACUUGGCACAUGAAAGAGGAAGUGGAAAAGACGGCGGUUCGUUUGGUAAUGAAAAGGUUCCGAACGGGUCGACGCGUCCGGCUUAAUAACAACUGACACAUGUUGUCAUAGGAAUAGAAGUCGAACCUUCGUUUCUUUCUCAUUGUGUGCUUUUCUCUGUCGAGGCAAAAGAAGACCGUUUUAUUUUCUCGUUUGAGUUCGUUAAAGGAGAAAAGAAUCUUGAUUCGAGCAACAUCAUUCCGGACUGUAGAAAGUGGCAAAAAAGACAAACGUAAGCGAGUGCCAAAGUGUGUGCGGUAGGAUGUACACGGAAACUUGGAGAUAUCGCUGGUAUGGAUCUGAGAAAGAUACGGCCAACGUGUACUCGACUCCGAUGUAGGAACGACUUGCACGAAAAAUCGAAGAGUCUAUGAACAAGUUCGAAUUACGAGCUGGUCCUUUCGAUUGGAAAUUCGUCGCGAUAUCUUUUGCCACCUGCGAGGAUCACUCGAGAAGACGAGCGAAAGAGUGGAGCAAAAGUCGGAAUCCGGUAAUACGUAUUCGCAGGUUAACUCGACGACGUGGCAACGUAGAAAGAGCGAGAGCCAAGAUAAAAAGAGAAUGCUAUCGUGCUUCGGGUGCUGCUGGACGAUAGAUAUCGGUUGGUCGAAGAGACCUCGAGGAAAAUCGAUCAAUAAGGAUCCGGUGAAGGAUCACAGCGGUGGUGGCACAGAUUGUCAGAGCUGCGUCAGCUCGACACUCGAUGCUGUUGCGAGCUUUGAAAUUUUCUUCCUCAACUUACAACCAAGAACAUUCGAGUAUCAUUCUCGAUGAGAAGAGAAAAAGAUAUCACCCGCGGGUCUCGUAUUUUUUACCUCAAACUCUUCCUUUUCCUCGGAAUCUUCACCAUCCGGAGAUAUACACAACUUCCGCCUUUCACGGUCCAUCAUCGGAAGAGUGCAUCAUACGAGUUGUAGAAAAGGCACAUAAACGCAUACGAGGAUCUCGGCACGGAUCGCGAUACCUCGUGAUCGAAUGCUCGUACGUGCGAACUUGAAGAUUUAACCGAAAGUGCGAGUUGUCGUGUUUGCGGCCAAUACUACUUUUGUAAAGCAUCCAACUGGCCACUGUUUCUCCAAGACAGUAACUACACGCUCUCGGAACCUUUCGUCGUACAGUUGUAUACCGAGAGCUUUUCCCCAAAGGUGAGAUACCUUCGAUCGAUAGACUUCUCUCCAACUGAUAUCGUUCUUCGACGUGAAAAAGCCGCGAGUCACUCCGCCUUUUUCGAGAUGCAGCUCACGUGCUCCUUCCUGUUUCUGACGAGUUUGCUGAUGCUGGCGCCUCGUCGGUGUGCUCGAGCCCAUGGCUCCUCCGACUUCUCCAACAAAGUUCCAGUGAAACUUGUCUGGGCCGAGGAAGGCGACGAUGUGGAAUUACCGUGCGACAUUACUCCACCAACGCCUUACGACUCGGUAAACAUGGUACUUUGGUUCAAAGAUUCAGCGGGUAUUCCUUUGUACAGUUUAGACGCAAGGGGCACCGGUAACCUGUCGUCCGCGGUACAUUGGGCGGUGAGCGACGACCUGGGCAAGCGAACUUAUUUUCAAGUUGCUGAUGGACAUCGCUCGAGACUCAAGGUGACCAAAGUAACUUCGAAAGACCAGGGAACUUUCCGGUGUCGUGUGGAUUUCGUUGAUUCACCGACGAGAAACUUUCGGGUGAAUUUGACCCUUGUAGAGCUGCCUAAGAAGCCGAUAAUUUAUGACGCCCAGGGACGUGUGGUAGUGGGUGUACCACGUUUCUUCGAGGGUUACGAUCUCCGGCUGACAUGCCAAGUGUCCGAUGGUAAACCGAAGCCUUUGGUCACUUGGUGGAAAGAUGGCGAGCUGUUGGAUGGUGUCGUGGAUGUACCUGAGUCGUCCGGAGUCGUCGAUCCGUCUACCAGGUUCACGAGAAAUCAUCUUUUCAUUCCAAAAGUAUCGAGAGCCUUGUGGGGUGCGAAACUCGAAUGCAGAGCCCAGUCAGCACCCAUGACUAAACCCAUCGUACGAGAAGUUCCUCUUGACGUUUAUCUGAAGCCGGCAAGUGUUAGAAUUUACUUGCACGAAGAUCAGAUAAUGGCAGGCCGUCCUUUAGCAGCAAAAUGCGAAACAUGGGGUAGUUCACCGGCAGCAACGAUAGCAUGGAGCCUCGGUGGUAUGAAAUUCAAGGAUCCCCUCGUAGCCACAACCCAGAGAAGCAAUUCCACGGUCAGCAAGCUCGCUCUUGUGCUUGAUCGCGAGGACGAUGGCAAGGAGCUCACCUGCACAGCCGUGAACCACAAUUUCCCCGGUGGCGAUCUCAAAGAGACGAGGAUCCUUCGUGUUGCCUACGCACCGGUCGUCAAUGCGCAUCUAGCAGUAGGAUACGUCCUGGACACCUUGCGGGAGGGUGACGAUCUAAAAUUGGUUUGCGACAUCCAGAGCAAUCCACCACCCACGAGUAUCGUUUGGUAUCACAAUAACACUCGACUAGAACACGACGUGACCGCUGAUACUCUCAUAGCCGCAAACACUCUGACACUGAGGGUCUUGAAGCUCAGCCACUCCGGCGGUUACACCUGUCACGUGAGAAACUCCGUAGGUGAAUCUAUGAGUCAUCCAGUCAACAUUCGCAUGAAGUAUGCUCCAAGAUGCAGUGCAGGAUUCGAAAGAAAUGAGAUUGCAGCGGCUCCUCGUGAGGUACUUCGUCUCAGAUGCAUCGUCGACGCUGAGCCAAGUGAGACGGUGAGAUUUUCAUGGACGUACAAUGGGUCCAGGGGGGACGUCUCGCCAAUACCAAACUCGAGGGCACAAAACAAGGGUUUGAUCAGUGUACUCGAGUACGUACCAACGGUCGACGGGGAUUACGGAACAUUGGCUUGUUGGGCGAGCAACAGCGUUGGAAGACAACGUUCCCCGUGCACGUUCAACGUCGUCCAAGCCAAAUUACCAGAACAACCGAUCGACUGUACGAUCCGCAACGACAGCAGCACCUUGGAGGUGAAUUGUUUGCCUGGUUCGGACGGUGGUUUACCCCAGCAUUUUCUACUGGAGGUCCGCAGUAGUCAUCACGACGGUAACGAAUUGGUUCUGACGUCGCAGACCCUCCAAACGCCUCAGAGCGAUCAAGGCGUCGCCGGGGAAUCUCCGCCGAUUUAUCAGGAGAUGAAUCCUCAUCCGAGCUUUCAUUUGCACGAUCUCGAUGCUGGCUUCGACUACAACGUUGCAGUUUACGCGGUGAACGGACGAGGGAAGAGCGAGCCUGCCAUGCUGAGGAACAUUCGGAUCUCCGAGAAGUUGGCCAACAAACUUGAAAGAUCCGGUGGCUCGGUGCUCAAGAAUAUGCAAAACGUCAAUUCAGAAAAUAUGAUUAUUCUUGUCGCAGUAAUAGGGGGUGCUUCCUUGACUCUAGUGGGAAUAGGAAUUCUCAUCGGUGUCGUCGUAUGUCGAAAACGCAAUACGAGGACUCCUGAACGCAGAGAAGUCCUCGAUGAUUUUACAACCCCGACUUACGUAUCUGCACAGAGGAUCGAACCCAGAGUCAGGUACGGCACCGUGGACCGUCGACGAUCACAGAGGACGAGUCUCUACAUCGAGGAGAGCCGGAACGAUCCGGAUCUCUUGCCGCACGUGGAGAUCGAACUCGAAAGAUAGCCACGACAAAACGAUGCUCAAGUUGACGAGUCUCAUGUACAGUAAUUAAUGGAAAUGACGGCGGAACAAUGUAUACCUCAUCGUAUCUUGGCAACGUCCAAGGUUAAUUUAACUCUUUAUAAAUAACUGAUAGACCAACUAAUGAACGCUAAGCCACAUAAUCGAUCGUACGAUAUUUACGAUCCGUUUUUCAAUUACGCACAAAUCAAUGCGACGAGGGCGUGUAACUCUGAGAAUUAACCACGCUGCUAGGCGGAAUUGUAAUUACUAUUUUAUAGUGCAAUAAUCGAGUGUGCGAAAUAAUUCUCGUUGUUACUCAACCAUUGAGACGAAGUGUACAGUCUUAUUUUUUACGAAUUAAACGAAGAUAAUUGACGAGUCUGACGAAACUCGUAUUUCCAAUAGACCUAAGGCGUAGAUUGUAUAGCAAAUUAAACGACUUGCGAUUACUCGAUCGAUCAUCACGUUGGAGCAACCGCAGAGUGAUUCAUCAUUUAUUUAUUUUCGUUCAUCCUCUUCGUACAAUCAAAAUAGUAAUGCAAAAGUGUACCUAAUCGCCGACAGUGACGAAGAGACGGAGCCACUCAAUUGUAUUAUCAUCCGUAGCCAUUAAGCAGCCAUGUAUUAUUAAUACGACAUCAAAGUUUUUUAGUGAAAA